AUGGCUUCCAACCGUCCUCCAAAGUCAAAAAUCAUUGUAAUUGACGGAUUUGGAUCCUCGCCGGAUCCCCUUGAGGAUCCUAGGAUCAACAAAUAUGGAUCGUUGAUCAAAAAUCGAAUAUUGGUCACCGUGAAAAAUCCAAAUUAUGGAGGCUUCAAGUAUGAGAAUAGUACAGCUCAUAUCAGCUACUGUGGGAAUGUUGUCGCCGAAGCUCCGAUCAGAGACGACACAGUUCCGGCUCGUUCGACUCAUAACAUCACCAGUGUUGUGAGUAUUUUGGCUGACAAAUUGGUAACUGAUUCGCAUUUCUUGGGUGACAUGGCUGUUGGAGUGCUGAAUUUGACUUCAGAAACCACCCUGCAUGGCAAGGUGAACUUGUUGAAGGUCUUUAAGAUGAAGGCAACCAGUUAUAGCGAUUGCAACAUUUCUAUCUAUCACUACUGGAACCCAAAGCGCCGCCUCCGUUUGCAAAUCGAGGGUAAAACUCGAUAA